UCACUGUGUUAUUGAAAACUGUCGAGGACUGAUGCGUAAGCGGCCGGCUCACGAUGUCAUUCGUGAUGAAGUUCGGGUGUCGGGCUGACGACGUUCUGUCGUAAAAUGACCAUGUGUACGAGAGGUAAUUUUCCAAAUAGGAAAAUUACAGAAUAAUUUACUUGAUUAUUUACAGACCGCUGUCAUAUAGCUAAAAAAUUGCAGAUUGCGGCGUUAAGAGUGGAUUGUGUUGCAUGUAUCCCGCAGUAGGGCCACAUAUCCAUGGCGUAUGAGGGAUCAUGUGUGUUGCUGUAAUCAAGAAUGAGAAGAGAUGUGACUAUUGAAACAGAAUUUCUAGGAAGUGAUACACUUGAUUCAAGAGCUAUCAUGAAUUGGUACAAGGCGUGUGGACUGACUAGAACGUACCUUGAUAAUAACUGAAUGGAGACAUUGCAAGGGGUUAAAUCACUCUGUGCUUGUAGUAAACUGCAUGACGUUUUAAAUUUUUACCUCCGUUGUCAAACCUGAAGGCUCAUUGAGUCAGUUUUGGACUACUAGCAAAUGAAAGUUGCAUCUCAAUUUUAACCGAGAAAGAAGUAAUGGAUAUCAAGCACUGUGGUCCAUGACAACUCUAUUUAAGGAUUACAGAAAACAUGCAUAUUUUGCUGAAGUAUUUGGAAUGGUAAGGAACAAAUUGAAUGAAAGAAAUACCUUUCAGGAAUGUUUACCGUCUGUUUACUCGUAUCUGAUCGGUCACCUUGACAUUAAUUAAAAUAUGGUCGUAUUAUAAUGUCUUCUACAAUGUCACUUGUGACUUGCAUGUCCCGAUACGAUGACAUAACACUUUCCUCGGCGAAUGGUUCUGAAAGAGAAAAUAGCCCAAUGCUUUGUGUAAGUCAAACGUGUAUGUUUGAUACCAUUGUCCACAAGACAGGUAAAAUGAAGGCAUUACAACACCCUUGUGGUAUGGCUAGCACAAUUGUGUUUCUAUUCUCAAUAACAGACUGACUAGAUUAUCAAAGAAGCAGAUAAAAGUGAGUAUGAGGGGAACAUCAUGAACCUAUGGGACUUUCAUUUGAAGAUGGGUUUUGCAUUUGUAUAAAUGUAUUACUAAUAUGUCAAUACUUAUGGAGUCAAUAGAAGAACGUGCUUUGCAAUAUCAUCGGGUUGACUUUGUGAGGAGGCUCAACGUUUCUGAUUAUGUUCUGGAUUUCUUAUUACAAGAAGGAGGUAUUUCUGAUCUGACAUAUGAAGAAAUUAGUUCUAAAGAAACCAGACAGAAGCAAGCUACGUUGCUCAUUGACAACGUCAUCCGGAAAGCUAUUAUACCAUUAUUCAUCAAAGGACUUGAAUAUGGGAACAGCCACCUCUAUCUUGCUAGAAGACUGAGACAGUCAAUCAAAGAUCUUCAGGGGCAAGAGGAUCCUGGCCAAAGAGGUUACAGUCAUGCUCCAUCAACAGACCAUGUAAGUGGCGAACCUUUCUUAAGUGGUGAAUCUGUUGCUCGAUCACAAAUAGACACUAUCAGCAAUGGAACAUGUCUUUUCGAUCCAGAUGCUACCACCGUUCUUGUAUGUGCAGGGACUAUCCGAAAGGUCUGUGUCAGAAGUUGUACUUACAGAGAACAAGCUAUUCAUUCGGGAAAAGAACAGGCUAAAAUCAUAUGUUCUAAUAAUGAGGAUGGCUUUGAUGAUGAGACAGUUUCAAAAUACAGAGCUGUAGAACCCACUGAAACCAUUGUUCAGCAACCAAGGAAGGUUGCUAUUAUGGAUGGAAAGAAGAAGACUCUUACGAAGCUGCAUUAUCAUUUGAAAUUGAUGUCUCAUGACGGAAAGAAAAAUGAAUUUGCUGAUUGUGUUACAAAAUACAAGGCUAUGUACGGCAAUGAUUCAGAUGUCAUGUUGACUCUGUUAGACGCUGAAGUAGAGAGCCGAAGGCUGGUGUAUGAUACUGAUUUGCAUAGAGGGGAUAUAUUUGAUGAGAUGGAGAAGCUCCUGAAAACAUCAUCUCAGCCUUUAGCUGCAACAAUGAUGUUCCUCGCCAGAAAAGGAUCUGCUAGGACUAUGAAAGAGUCACUAGAAGUGGGUAUGGAUAUGCUUGAAGAUGCUCGAGCUCUCGCUGAGAGGAUUGAACCAUGCAAGGACACAGGGAUGGUUGUGUAUAUACAGAUUAACAUCCUUCUACAAAUCUACGAGAAAAAUCCUCUACUGAAUAUCAAACGGGACAUCAUCAAUAAAAUCGACGAAGCUAUCAAUGUCCACUUUGCCGAAGGUUUACCUUUACUUCGGGAGGACUAUUCCAGGAUGUUGUACUUGAAAUUUGUAUUCUGUUAUCUUGGUAUUGGGUUGUUUGGAAACUGUAUAGAAGGCGGUGUUACUUCUGAGGGUGAUUUGAGAUCUGCCGAGGCAUGUCUGAGAUACAUUGACUCACAGCAACACACUUUCGACAACAGGAGAAAGAUGUUCUACUUCAUGGCGAAGUCAGUUCUCUGUCGGAAACGAGACAAUCAGAGAGACGCUUUGGAUUUUGCUAAUAUGGCAGAACAAAAGGCCAUAUGUUGUGGAUAUAUGAAGGAGUUGGGACCAAUUCUAGAACUGACUGGUCAUCUCAAAGAAGAGGUUGAAAGCAUCGAGCUACAGGAACGUAAAACAAGACAACAUGAAAUCGAGAAUGAGUUGAAUGGACUCGUUUUGGAGAGUGUGCUGCAGAAAACUUCAAACCAGUGGGGUCCUGAACUGAAUGUUAUUGGGAGAGAAGUCAAUAGGAAAUAUCAUAAACAAUUACUUUGUUUUGGUAUACUGGUUUGUUUAGCUGUCUGUGUCAUUGUCUCUUAUUCCUUUUCAGACGAAGCAAUAGACAUCAUUUCCUUUAUGUAUAAUACAUUAACACAACAAUGUUGUGACGUGGUUGUUUGAACUCGAAGAUGUUGAUACAUUUCAGUCAACGUACCCCAUGACCAUGAUUUGUAACUUGUCAAAGUGAGUCAGUCUUAUCAACAGAACCUUGUUCCUCAUGAUACUAAUCAAUAUUAACGGCUUCAUAUGAUACAGAUUAGUUUCCUUAUUGAAUGCGUGAUUUCUUCUGUUAUUACCCACAGUAAGCAUGAGGAUAAAAUGCUUACAUUUACUGACACUGAAGAAAGCUGACUUAGUUUUUGUUUGAUAUCCUAUUGUCAAGGUCUACCAAGGUUUUCAUAUUUGUGAUGAAUAAAAUUAUGUCAAAUGUGUGCAUUGCCUAUAUCAUCUUUGGGGUAAUGGUUUUUAGUGGCACCAAUGUAGAGUUUUCAAAUUAAAUUAAAUUCUU